CACGCCUCGCUCACCGCCGCCCGCCCUCCCGCCACCGCCGCCGCAGAAAAAUUCCCCAAAGAGAACAGAAAAAAAAAUGGUCUUCUCGCCGCCGGCGGAGGUGACGUUCACCGGCAUGGAAAUCGACCUCGACCCGGAGGACCUCCACCCGACGGUGCCCCUGCGGAAGGUCCCGGGCGGCGACAUCUUCGAGGCGGCGCGCGCGGGGGACUGCGCCCGCCUCGCCCUCCUCCUCGAGGCCGGGGCCAACGUGAACGCGCGGGACCGCUGGGACUCCGUGCCGCUCUACUAUGCCUGCCUCGCGGGCCACGCCGACGCCGCGCGGAUGCUGCUCCAGGCCGGGGCCGUCUGCGCCGAGCGCACCUUCGACGGCGACCGCUGCCACUACGCCGCCCUUAACCUCGACCUCCGCCGGCUCCUCAAGUCAUUCGAGGCCCGCCCGCCGCCGCUCGCCCCGCUGCCCGCCGCGCUACGGGCCGCCUUCCUCGCAUGCCCCGCCAACCGCGCCGCCUUCCUCGACAUGAUGCUCCAGGGUAGCGCCACUGCCGAAGCCGCCGCGCUCGCCGAGGCCGCAGGAUUUGGGCCAACCGAUGCUGCAUCGGCGGCUCGUCUGGUGCCCCCGGACAUCACAUUCUACGUGGGUGGAAAACCGAUCGAAGCUCACCGGGUCAUCCUCUGUGCCCGGUCGCCCUUCUUCGAGAAGAAAUUCAAGACAGAUUGGAAAGACAGGAAGGAAGUGAGAUUCUCUGAAAAAAAAUUAUCCUUUACUGCCCUGUACAACCUUAUCCAUUUCUUCUACGCCGAUCGACUCGAGGCACCUGUCGACGACAUGGAGGGUCUGUCAAUCAUUUGCAAAGUCUGCAAGUGCCAGGAGCUGCACAGGCUAGUUGAUAAGGAGAUUGUGCAUCAUAGGUUUGCGCCGUAUAAGGCAACCAGGAAGUUGGAUUUGAUGGAGUCGCAGACGAGGUUUGUUUUGCAAGGGCAGUCCUUGCCACCAGAAGACCGUCUUCCGUCAGCAUUGCAGCGUGUUCUACAUAGCUGUCUAGCUAACUCAAGACAAGAAGAUUAUUGCAACAGUGUACAAAAUGAGAUGCGGAGGAACUCAUAUGAUGGUGAUCGUGCCGAUCUCAUUGUGAAAGUAGAUGAGAGGGUAUUUCGGUGCCAUCAGGUGAUUUUAGCCUCAAGAUCGGAGUACUUCAAAGCCAGGAUAUCUCGAACAGUGGGUUUUCUCGAAGGUAACAAUGAAUCUACGGAUCUCCCAUGUCUUGAGGCACAUGACAUGAGUGUAGAAGCAUUUGAAAAGAUGCUUGAAUACAUGUAUACUGAUAAAGUAGAGCAUAUGGAUCCAAUCCUGGCUGAAGAACUAUUUGAUGUUGCAUCUAGAUACUUGCUGUUUCCCCUGAAGCGAGUCGUAGCCGACCUCCUGUUACCAAACCUGGUACAUGUGUCGCCUGCAGAACUGUGUCAUUGGUUGAUGUUAUCAGACAUUUAUGGCGUUAUGAAAAUAAGGGAGUACUGUCUGGACAUAAUCGCCUGCAAUUUUGAGACAUUUGCGCACACAAGGGAGUUCCGGGCCUUGCUGUUGACACUCCCGCCGCCGUCUGCAACCGACGCACUGAGAACUACACAUCCCAGCGCGCCCGGGGCUACUGGGAACACUGAGCAAGGUAAUGUUCUCGAUGAUCUGCGCGAAAAAUGGUUGGAAGCAGAGGCCGCUGAGCUAGAUAAGAGAGAUCAGAGUGCGGCUCUGUUCGACAAGCGGCUCGAGCUGCUCAUGUUUGUUGCGGAGCGAGAAGCUGACAAUGAUGACCAUGCUGGACGACUUAACUGAAAACUGGAAGUGUGUGCGUUUUCUCGUGGAGCUCUGUUUUUUGGUAGCCUUCGCUGAUUGGAGUUUGGAUCACAACAGUUGUUCUGUUAAUUCUAUGGCAUGUUUUGAUGACUG